AUGGCGAGCCCAACGGGCCACACUCUCUUCAAGAAAAAAGAGGGCAUCCUAUCGUUCACGACUGAUCAUAAAGCCAUAACAUGGACGCCAAUUUCGGGAGGCCCAGCAACUGUUUCGCUGCCAGUUACCAACAUCACCAAUCUUCAGCAAACUCCCGACAGCUCUCCCAAAGUUAUGCUUAAAAUAUUCGAGAAGUCCGAAAACGCAAGCGACCCCAUCACCUACCUGUUCCAUUUCAAUACUCCAGAAGCUAAGGCAGAAGCUCAAUCUGUCAAAGAUCUGCUCUCGAGAUUGCUGGCCGAUCUACGGAAUGGCGAUGCAAACGUAUCUAAGCUAGUGACUACUACCUCAACACCCGUUGCAAAUGGAGAGGGUGCAGGGAGCUCUGCCACGCUGAUGAAUAUUGAGCUACAGCAAUCUCUCAUGAAGAAAGACAGGAGUUUGCACGAAACGUACGUGAGCGCCAUGUCGACUAAGCCAGAUUCAAUGACUACUGCUGCCUUCAACUCCCAGUUCUGGUCCAUGAGGAUAAACUUAUUAAGAGCCCAUGCCAUCGAAACAAACCAAAAAAAAGGCGCAUACAACGUCCUUUCAACUGUUAAACCUCGAACCGUGGAUGGGGAGUUGAAACUGAACAUCAGCGUGGAGCAAGUUCAAAUGAUAUUUGCCCAACAUCCAUUAAUUAAACGAAUAUACAAUGAAAAUGUACCGAGACUAACGGAAGCGGAAUUCUGGUCGCGAUUCUUCCUCAGCAAACUUGCUAAGAAGCUUAAGGGGGAACGCGUCACUGAUAAUGACCCUGCCGAUGCUAUCUUUGACAAGUACAAUAUCGAUGGCAAUAUGCAAGAUGCUCAUUCUAAGACUACGACCCAGCCUGUCCCUCAUAUAAUUGACAUUGAGGGCAAUGAAGAGAACCAAGGAGGUUUCAAAGGCGGCAACGCCAAGGAUGUCGAAAUGCGACCUCGAGCAAAUAUCCCUAUCGUUAGGACACUUAACAGUCUGAGCGAAAAGAUAAUGGCAAAUGUUCCUCCCUCGGAUAACACGGCAUAUGAUGCUCAGGGACUCUAUAAUACAUCUCGAGAGCUAACUCUACGCGACCUAAAAGGAGAUGGUGAAGAACAGCGCAUUAUGCUGAGUAUCAAAGAAAGGAAUAACUUUUUUUCGUCGAAGGAUUCCCCUGCCCAAAGAGGAGGAGAUGUUCUUGGCAGUCAACGGCCUGAAGAUGUUCUCACCAAAGUGAGAAAUUUGCACACGGCCGGGCCUGAUAAGACUGGGGACAUUGGACUGCAAAUCAACAUAGACCUCGACAUAGAUAGUGACAGCGACAACGAGUCAAAACCUGGACUCAACGCUACUCGUGACGCAAUUAAAGAAGCAGAGAAGGAUGUCAUGGCUGGCAUACAACAACAGCGUUCUCAAAAAUAUGGACGCGCCUCGGAUGAUACAUCUCCAAUGGGAAUACCUACUACGAUCUCCGACAAGUGUGCUCUUACUCAUGCUACAACGAUUGAGUUUCUUCAUCAGUUCUGGGACGGCUUUCUUUCCGGCGACCCUGACCGUGCCAUAGAGGUACAAUACUUGGCUGAAUCGCUGGCGAGAUCCAUGGCACGUAUUCAAGCCGUGGCUGACGAGGCUGAGGUUGAAAGAGAGAGUGCCAUUCAAAAGCGGAAGCAGGAGAUUCGUAGUCACUUCGAACGCACAGGGAAAAAGAUUCGAUGGAAGCCAGAUAUGGUCGGCGGUGGUCGCGAUGUCGUUGGCAAGAUAAUGCAGCCGACUGUGGAUGCACUACGGCGAGCACAGGACACUUAUUCUAGAGCACUAGGCGAGGAGGGUGUCCAAAUAUCGACGGAGAGCACAUAA